AUGUCUCCUCCAGUGGAAGUGUCGCCUGCAGUUGAAGUGUCUCCUCCAGUGGAAGCGUCUCCUCCAGGUGAAGUGCCUCCAGUAGUAGAAAUGACGCCUCCCGUGGAAGUGUCCCCUCCAGGUGAAGUGCCUCCAGAAGUAGCUGUGCCUCCAGUUGAAGUGUCUCCUCCAGUGGAAGUGUCGCCUGCAGUUGAAGUGUCUCCUCCAGUGGAAGCGUCUCCUCCAGGUGAAGUGCCUCCAGUAGUAGAAAUGACGCCUCCCGUGGAAGUGUCCCCUCCAGGUGAAGUGCCUCCAGAAGUAGCUGUGCCUCCAGUUGAUGGAGCUACAGCGAGGGAAUGGGAAUGCGCUGCUGAUAGCGAGCCGACAUGGCAGGGGUAUACCCCAAAAUCCUCAUGGGUCAUACAACCAACCGCCAAAUACAAGGGACCACCAACAACAAGCCGCCGUGCUGGUAAAGAAAUGGACGCGGUAUGCUUUACACCCUGCGGCAGGAACGCCGCUGGCAUCCCGCCGCCACGGUUGCAUCGAGUAUCAGAGAACAAAGUGAGACUGGCAUAA